CCGAGGACUGUUCUGUUUAUCAGAGUAAUAUCAAGUGCCUGGCGCGACGUUUACGAGCGGUACAAUAUUCAGCACGGCAGUAUUGCCUCGUGGCCGCGAGUAAUAGGACAGCAAAGGGCAUGCCUGGAGACUGGAGGUUGCACAGCGGACCGGGUUGAGCGUGUGCGUACGUAUACUUUCCAAGCAAAGGAACACCUUCGGCUUUGAUGGCAGCCACAAGCGCGUCUGUGGGUUCAUCGUUUCAACCAGGAAGGCAGUCAGCUCAACAGUAGUGCCCCAAGAUGUCUUCCAACGACAAGAAGCUACCAGAUACGGAUGUCGAGCCCAAGAACAAGGAAUCUCGGAAUCGACCCCGGUGGAACAAAGGACUGCUGUUCUUCCUCUCAUGUCUGUCCAUUUCUAUUGGACUGGGAAACGUGUGGCGAUUUCCGACGCUAGCGUACCAGAAUGGAGGAGGGGCGUUUCUCAUACCGUACUUCAUUCUUCUGUUCGUUGUCGGCAAGCCAGUAUACUUUCUGGAGCUCGCCAUUGGUCAGUUUUCCGGAAAAGGCGGAGUCAAAACGUGGGAAUGCGUGCCAGGAUUUAAAGGUAUCAGCGUCGCUCAGUUCGUGACCAGCUUCUACAUCCUGGUCGCUUACAACUACAUCAUGGCCCUGUGCCUGUUCUACCUGUUUGCUUCUAUGCAAAGCCCUCUUCCUUGGAGCAACUGCGACCCACAAUGGAGCGACGAAAACUGCUUCCACCAAAGCAUGUUUAACGCCACUCUCAACCUCACGGAGAAUGCUACCUCUUCCUCAGAGCAGUUUUUCAGGAAUUACGCCUUGAAUGACUCCGGGGAAUUCAAGCUUCCCUCGACCUUCGACUGGAGGAUGGCGCUGUGCCUGUCGCUUUCGUGGCUUAUCCAAGGAGUGUCCACCAUCAAGGGCGUUCACUCCAUCGGCAAGGUGGCGUACAUGACGUCCACGUUCCCGUACGUGGUUCUCGUCUCGCUCCUGGUCGUCACGCUGCUCCAGGAAGGAGCAGCGAAUGGUCUCGUAGCUCUCUUUGUGCCACAAUGGAGCAAGAUACUCGAAAUACAAGUAUGGUUCAAAGCAUGUGAGCAGUCCUUCUUUUCUCUUGGCAUCGGCAUGGGAGUGUUGACAAUGUAUUCAAGUUACAAUGACUUCAAGCAUAAUGUUUCCAGGGACGCCUUCCUCAUUUCAAUGGCCGACACAGCCACAAGCCUGUUAGCUGGAGCGGUCGUUUUCUCUACCCUAGGUGCACUGGCGCAUCAACUCGGUCUGCAAGACAUCUCCCAGGUCUUGAAAGGAACUUCGGAUUUGGGAUUGGCCUUCGUCACGUACCCGGAGGCUCUGAGCAGAAUCUCGUUCGUGCCUCAGCUGUGGUCGGUGCUAUUCUUCUUCAUGCUCUUCCUUCUCGGUCUUGGAAGCGGCGUGUCCAACAUCCAGCUCAUGGUGGCUGUCCUAGAGGACCAGUAUCCCAGGCUGCAAGAGCUCAAGGGUUGCACAGUUCUUGCAAUAUGCGCUGUGUGCUUCGGUACGGGCCUUUUGUUGUGCACUGAUAACGGAAAUACGAUGCGCCUACUGUUCGACAAUUACGGUAUCGGGAGAGCUCUCUUUCUGUACGCCAUCUUCGAAGUGGUCGGCCUCGUCUGGGUGUAUGGCUGGAAGAAUAUGUGCGGUGACAUCGGCUACAUGCUCGGCAAUCCCAUAUCGUGGUACUGGAAAAUUACCUGGGGCGUUCUCACGCCGGUGUCGUUAAUUGCCAUCUUCAUAUACGGAACCGCAACGGAGAAGUCUUCUUCUUCAUUGCCUCCGAUUGGUCAGACCAUAGGCUGGAUCCUGGCAGCCGUGGCUGUUGGCCAGAUUGGGCUAUGGAUGGCCGUGGCUUUCGUGAAAGCACCCGGGUCCGACGCGUUCGAGAAAUUCAAGACCACGUUUGUGGCAUCCGAAACCUUUGGACCCAGAGACACCGACGUGAAGCGAGACUGGUUGUUGUGGAAGGCGAGCUCACGCAAAUCUCCUCUCAAUCCCGAUGUGAGAACUGCCAGCGAACACACGAACUAUGCAUUUGAAGUCGACUGAGCUGCACCUAUACUGACUGUGAAGCGUCCGCAAGACUGUGACAGCAAGCGCACUCACCUCAGUUGACGGACUGCGUACUUUGGUACAACCAACCUUGCAGUGGAUCGUCGGUGCUUUGGUGCUGACUGGAUUUGGUUCCGUUUUUCACAAGGGCUCAGUUGUCAACACGUAAUGACGAACAUAAAAGUGGUCACGACCGUAAACUUCCCUACAACAUUUA